GCAGAGCAGAGCAAAUAACUGCAAGAUAGACAGCGGCAGCUAACUAACUGCCAGCAGCAACAGCUCCAGCCAGACUCGGUUUCAGCCAACGCCAAUCAGUCUGUGAGAUUGCUCCGAGUGUUCAAGACUUGUGUGGCGGCAAAACCAAAUAUCUCAAUACCAAAAGCAAAAAAAUCGAAAAGAGCAUAAAGUAAAGCACUUAAUAAGUCGAAAAUAAAAUAAAACGGCGAGCGUCGAAUCCCGUUUCUGUGUGUGAGCAAGAAAACCUUUUGAAUAAGAAAAGUUGGAAAGUGAAAAUCGUUGACAUUCAAAGCAGACAUUGCAGCUGGACUCCCAAUGCAGCACUCGCUGUCCGAGCAACAAUAACAUUUUGGCAAUUGUAGGCCAAAGACAAAGAGAGGGAGAGAGCGAGAGCGAGAGCGAGAGACCGAGAAAAGGAAUAUUUACGGAUCUGCUGAGACAACGAAAAUAAAUUCAAAGCAACAAUGAACCAAACACAAGUGAAUAAUUUUCUGAAAUGCUUCCUGCAAAUUGAUGAGCCCGCUCGUCACCUGGCGGCACAUUACAGUGACCACGACCACGACCACGAUCACGAUCACGAUCACGAUCAUGAUCACGACCACGAUCACGAUCACGAUCAUGACGACUCCGGCUCUCUUUUGACGGCAAAAGUAACCGCCAUGGUGGUGCUCUGCUGCGCCAGUGCACUCUGUGGUUCCAUUCCGUUCCUGCUGAAUCGUUAUUACCGCUGGACAGAGAAUCAAACGAAUGCCCGCUCGGCCACCGUGGUCAAGUGCCUGCUCUACUUCGGCGGCGGUGUUCUGCUGGCCACCACCUUCCUCCAUCUGCUGCCCGAGGUGCAGGAGGUGGUGGAGCAGCUGCAGGAGUGCAAUAUCAUCGGCGAAUUGACUUUCCCGCUGGCCGAGCUGCUCAUGUGCUGCGGCUUCUUUCUCAUGUACUUCGUGGAGGAGGCCAUGCACUGCUAUGUGCACCGGCACCACCAGGACGACGCUGGCGCCGCCUUCGAGCGUGGCCACAGCAUUCGCCACAGUCACCUGGUGAGGUCUGAAGGUUCUUCGACUGCUCCAAACGGCGACAGCUCCGAGCUAACGACGACUGGCAACAAUGCGACGCUAUCUGUGCAGGAUCUGAUGCACAACGAUCUGGAGCAGCAGAAGUAUGGCGCAGUGCAUCAGGAGAAGCACAACCAAGCCAACCACAACUACAACCACAGCCACGGACAUGGCCACGGACACAGCCAUUUGCCCAUUGGCGAUGGCUCCCUGGCGUCGAAUGACAUGCUGACCUCCUCCCUGCGCGGCCUCUUCAUUGUGCUGGCGCUGUCGCUGCACGAGCUCUUCGAGGGCAUGGCCAUUGGCCUGGAGAGCACCGCCAGCUCGGUGUGGUUCAUGUUCGGCGCCGUCUCGGCGCACAAGCUGGUGCUGGCCUUUUGCGUGGGCGUCGAGCUGAUCGUGGCGCGCACCCGCCUUAGUCUGGCGGUGCUCUACGUGCUGACAUUCGCGGUUGUCAGUCCCCUGGGCAUCGGGCUGGGCAUACUGAUUAGCCAUGGCCAGCAUGGAGCCGGGCCCAACCUGGUGUCGGCCAUACUCCAAGGCUUCGCCUGCGGCACGCUCAUCUAUGUGGUCUUCUUCGAGAUUCUAUCGAAGAAUCGUUCCGGUCUGCGCGCCUACCUGGCGCUCUUUGUUGGAUUUCUGAUUAUGUUCGGAUUGCAACAGAUCGGUGCCAGUGGAGGUCAUGGCCAUAGCCACGGCCACAGCUGUGGCGCUUCGGACGAGGAUCACCACGAUCACGACCAUCAUACCGGAACAGACUCCAGCGCAGAUGCCCAUCCACAUCACACCGAGGCUGAGCAGCUGGAGGCUGCGCACAAAUACAAAGAGCAGCUGCAGGUGCUGCGCCAGGUGACCCAAAAGCUGCUCGAGGCGAAUCCCAACCAUCACUGAGAUGGACGGAUCUGUUGGUUCUACUGGAUGUAGGACAUGCUAAUAUAUAAACCCUUUUACUAACUGCUAAGCAGCAAUUGUAAAUAAUUACUAUA